AUGUCAACGAUGAGUUCACAUAGAACUACCUCUUCCCGAUUCAAUCGUUUAUUUCUAUCCGACAAAAGACGAUUUCAAACGACAAGUAAACUAUACGAAAGAAAAUCAUCUGCUCUUUAUAAACUUCUGGAUUGCGGAGAAAUAGUUGGACUAAUACAAUUCUUUAAACAUGAUUUGUUCGCCUGUUUACCUAAAGAAUUCGCAUAUAAAAGAUCUUUUGUCAUUUGCGAACAUUUUGGAAGACACUCAGCAUUCUUAGUUUUGCCGAAAGAUCGAUUCACUUUUGAUGAAGCUAAUGUUCAUCUGACUCAUAUCAUUCAGUUGUUCAAUAUAUUAUACGGAACAUUGAAUUCUAUACAAUCUAUACAUCGAGAGAAUCAUCAAGUACAAGCCUAUUUCAAACGAACAUUCACUCCUCUUGUCGAAUACGUAUUCAAUGAAAAUCGAUCCAUCCGAAGUCUUUUCUCCGGUAUCGAUUAUGCUUCUGUAAAACAAGAUGAUAUACGAUUUUUGCUACAAAUCAAACAUUUCCUGAGUCAUUUAGAGUCAAACUAUGGAGUUCAUGGUGGAUUUUUUGCUUAUGACAAACAAAUAUUGUAUUCAUCACUUGACACUGAGACUACAUUUCUACUACAAGUUAUUCUUAAUUUGGAACAGAAUUUGCCGGCCGAUGAAAUACACGUGCCAUUGAAUUCAGAAACCAAACUAAAUAAUGGCGUGUCUUUGAUUCGAAUUCAUAUUCGGCAAGCACCAAGUUUACAACCAAUGUUGAACGCUGUUAAUACAAAUAACUCUUCGCUCUUCCAUCGACAACAUUCAUCAGAACCGAUUAAUAUCCUAAACACUUUAUUUUCCAAUGAUAACUCAACAUCUCCGUGGACUUUUCAGUCGAAUAGUAUGAAUGGUUCUUCAUCUAUUGGCGAAAUGCUCUAUUCCAAAUCGGUGAUUACCGAAGAAUCACAUACUUCAUCCGAAGAAGCAACAGAUUUAGAUCGUGAUCAAUCAAAUCAUGUGUCGUCGAGUAGAAAACUGCUUUCUCAAAGUGCAGGUUCACAGUUCAGUGGUAGAAAAUCUCUCCCAGUACUACAACAACAUUCUAAACUCGAAUCGAGUGUCAAAUUCUCGCCUCUAUUAUCGCAAGAAUCACGAACUGAUGAUGAUAAGAUACGACAUAAAUUCGAACGAUCUCGUUCGUCAAUGUCAGAUAAUGAUUAUGACAAUUCAUUGAAGAAUGAUUACGAUCGAUCGCGUUUCAUGGAUACAAAUGUCAACAGUCUGGUUUUCGAACCAAUUGAAACUGUCGAUGGUCAUGAAAGUAGUUGCUGUGAAGACGAUAUGAUUUGUUUGCCGCCGAUGGUUCUAUCUUCGCAUUUCCAUCGGCCAAGACAAAGAACGUUAACUAGUUAUUCGGAUUUGAAUGAUGGUGAAUACAAUGCGAUGGAACAUCAAGAAGGACAUGCAUCAUGGGGUGAUGUACCGGAAAAAAACGAUGAAAUCGAACGUGAUGAAUUAGUUCUUUAUAUUCAGCGUAACUCGCGAAUGCUUUUUGCUGGGAUUCUCGAGAAAGACCGAUUGAAUGAAGAAUACCUUCGAAAGUUGUGGUACUUAAUGUUGACUGAGCUCGCCAAUUUCGAUCAAGAAAUCCGAUUAACUUCAACGUCAAAGGAAACAAAUAAAUACAGCAACUAUGUCAAAUUCCAAUUCAAUGAAAAUAGUCACCGAACACAAUUCGAAAGAUUUUCAUACAAAACUCCUUCAGCAGAUAGUGCAUGCAUGGCGUUCAAUGCGCGUACAAAAUUACAUAUCGAUCCAGAACGACGAAUGAUCGGUUUAACACGAGGGAAUAACUCUGUCGCAAUCAAUCGAGUCAUACCUGACCGGGUGACUUAUUACUGUCCUCGAUCGCAAGAACCGAGAUGA